AUGACACUAUCUACAGUAAUCAGUCCAAAACUUGUCCAAUUAUUGCCCUUAACUAUCCUUGGCGGAUUUAAUGUCUCAUUUUGGUUGGCCAUUUUUCCCACGGCUAUGAAUUUUACAAAAUCCAAUUCGAAUUUGAUCUAUAUUCCAGCAAUUUAUAGUCUUGGCGCUGGCCUAGGAGAGGUUUUGAUGGGAAUUUUAAUCUCGACCUUGUCCAAACAAAUCAAAGGGUUCGGAUUAAAACCAACUAUGUUAAUUGGCACAAUUAGUGUGAUUAUCUAUUGCUCAUUGGUUUUUAUUUCAACACCGUUUGAAGCGCCCAUGAGGCCAACCAGUGAGAAAUCGAUUUGGAUUGGGCAGAGCUAUCCCUUAAUCUUCCUAAUUGCCAUAUUCUGUGGAAUCAGUGAUUGUUGUAUAAACGGAGUGAGGAGUGUGAUAUGUGCACUAGUCCUGCCCCAGCGACGUGCCCAAUCGUUUGCAGUGACCCGAAUGUAUCAUGCGGCCGCCUGUAUGACAUGUUUCUUCUUCUCACCAAUUGUACCAUUAUACACUUAUACUUGUCUACUUCCAAUUCUCUCCAUUUUCUCCACUUUUUUAUUUUUUCGAGUUGUUGAUAAGACGCAUUCGAUGGAAAGGAAAAUCACCCAACAAGUGAUGGAGGAGGAGAAAAUUCAAACUUUAAAAAAUCAGAAUAUUCUUACUGUUGCUUAA